CUGGUCAGAGCGGCAGCAGCAGGUACCAGGACAUACAUAAAGUGCGUCCUAGAGCGCACCUGCUGAACCAUCUCUCAGCUCUCCCAGGCUUCGACUUUACCUCCGACUUCCCUUGCUUCUUUUUCCUCCACAUCAUCCUACGGAAUACUUAAUGCGCUCAGCAUGACUAGCCACAGAUCCAAGCUCAUCUGUCCAUCGUUCCCCCCAGAACUCGUCCUAGAGGCCAUACAGCACCUGUCGUUUGGCGACGGCAAGAUAAUCGCCAGCCUCGCUCAGACCCAUUCCCGGAUCCGGUCCCUGCUCAAGGCCUACGAACGCUCGAUCACUAGGAACUUCGUGCGCAAGGAGUUGGUGCAUGCGCCUACGGAUUUCCCGUGCGAUGAAGAUAAGAGAGGGUAUGCGUGGCUUGCGGAUUGCAUUCAGAGGUACGACACUGUCGACGAUGUUAUGGCGAUUUUGGUCUCGAAUCUGAACUGCUAUGCGGUUGAGAAGCAUAACAUGGCGCUGGUCAAUACUGGGUUGCUGUUGCUGUAUCGGCUUGUUGGCAUUGAGUCCUACUCGUCAAAGCUUAGCUUCCUCAAAUCGCUUCCUCGGGAUCCGCUAACGGUUGUCUAUCUGGCGAUCAACUACUCAACGCUUACAGCGCGGUACCACGGACAAGGCUUGAUCCACCAGCGUACCUAUGGCAGAUUCAUGGACGUUAACACGCUAUCGCUCCGUUCAGACAUUGAGUUCUGCUUCGGCGAAGGCGCACUUAACCUCGGUCCUUCCUUCAUUUCAGACGUACUCUUGAACUCUGAACACGCCGAGGCCAUGCUCUUAAAUUUCUACCACGACCACGCGAUCCGCGACUGGGACAUCUCAAAUUGGAUAGAAGGAGAUUUCAAGCCGCCGCUUACACAAGGUCCGGAGCGGGGUCCGGCGAUGGCUCAGCGGAGCCUAUUUACGACACUUUUAGAAAGGUUGGCUGAGCUGGCGGAGUGUCCGCUGGAGGAGAUUAGAGGAAGGAUUGAGGAGGAUGUCGAGGUCUCAGAUCAUUCGCUCGCGUGGUUAGAUCUGAAGGGGAAGGCAAGGUUGAUCCAGGGCUCGGAUCUGGAGUAUGUGGACGAGUGAUCGCGCCCUGCCACUGGGAGUCGCCUUGCCUUUUGUUAUGAAGACUUCGAUAUAGGAGAACAAGAGCUAUGCAAGAGCGGCGUUUAUGGGAGCUGAUCUGGGCUGGGAUGGGAGGAUGCAUCUAUGAGUCUUGGAUCUGGAGGCGUCUUUUGUUAGAAGGUCGAGCUGCUGGCUAGCAGUUUAGCUUCUGGUAGAAAGG